AUGAAGCUGCUUGAGGAGAAAGAAGCUGUUAUAAACGCGAAGAAACGAAAGAUUCAAGAUGAGGAUGUACGCGAACGUGAUGUGAUUGAUGAGCUGACGGCGGCACUGGAGCAGGAGCGUCAGCUGCGACAUCUCUACGAACGCAUGUUCACAUUUUGGGCCAGUUUUCCGGUGCUUUCACAACUACUCGCAAAGGCGAACACGUUGCUCCUCGGUCCGUCUAUUGCACACCCGAAUGUUGGUACAUCUUCAACUGGCCAGACACGUGGUGCUGCUGCUGCCGCUGCAUUUACAGGUUUUUUUUUUUUUGAAAAUUUUCAGAAAUGGUAGUA